AUGGCCGCGCCCCUGCGCCUCUCCUGUGUGCUGCUGGCCGCGCUGGCCGCGCUCCAGCCGAGCUCUGCCCAAAACUUCUGCAACAUCUCCUCGUGCCGGUCGCCGAGCCAGCACACCAUGUGCCGGUUCACCUCGUCCAGAGUCUCCCGGGCGUGCGGCGCCGUGCGCGUCAGCUCGGUAAGCGCCGCCGACAGGGCCGAGAUCCUGCGGGUCCACAACGACCUGCGCCGCGCCGUCCAGAGGGGUGCCCACAGGAACAGAGGUCUGCCGGCGGCACGGUACAUACCCAACCUGCGCUGGAGCUCGUCACUGGCCAGGAUCGCACAGCGCUGGGCCAACCAAUGCCAGACUGGACACGACCAGUGCCGCGAUCUGCCGCCCAAGAAAAGCAUAGGACAAAAUUACGCCUGGACUAGAAACAUGGAGAAGGACUGGAAGACCAGAAUUGCGGAAGCUUGGUUCUCGAAUGAUCCCGCAGAGGUGUCAGAUAGCGGUGCGUUCACGGAGACGGCGUGA